GCAGUCACUAAUUAACACAGUGUGCUAAUGGCAGUCACUAAUUAACACGGUGUGCUAAUGCGAGACCAACGUUAUAGAAGGCCUGAGCACUGACCUGUAACUUCAAACCUGUGGGCAGUUUAGACAAAUAGCUUGUUGCCAAGUCACUGGUCUGUACGACGUUUUAUACGUUAUGUUACGACGCUACAGGUCAGUGUUUGGGCAAUAGCUGUGCAAAGGUAUAGGCUAUUGUCAAUUGAUAUUGAUAUGAUUUCUGUUUUAAAAGAGGUAAUAGGGUUCAAAGAUGCUAUUUUUGCUGUCAGUGGAUAUGUUGUACAAAUUUGUCCUAGCAUAUGGAACGAGGAAUUUGCCUUUAUCUUUGUGUCUUUCUGAGUAUUUUAUUAGAUUUUGUUUAUGUGAAGUGGUCUACCACGUUAAUUUUACUUGUAUUUUUUUUUUACAAUACCUUGAUAAUAGUCCUAGAUUCUUGGUUAUCUUGUAUUGUGUAUUACAGAUAUGAGUUCUAUUACUAAGACAUACAAAAGGGCCAAUACCCAGUAACAAAGUUCACUCGAGAUGAAACAGAAGAACGAACCUUAAUACAGAAUGGGCCACAGUCGAGUCAGUAACUAAAACGAUGUUGUCCCUUCAAGAGACUAGCAGUAACUGUCCUAAAAGUCUACAAUAAUAACCUAAUAAUCUCUAACCCAAUGCCGUCACUAAAAAUGUCGCGUUCAAAGUCUGUUUUCUACAGUGCUUUUCUAAACUAAACUAAGUGUCUAACAAGGGUUGUCCAUUUAAUGUGAUCUUUGGGGCUGAGUAGGUUCUAUUUGGUAACUUCUGGAACUUGACUUCUGCUUUUCUUACAGUAUGUUAUAAAUUACAGACGUUACAUCAGAAAAGAAGAUAAUUACGUCAUACGCAUUUCAUGCGUCAAUCUAAUCAUGCAUGCUAAUCAUUGACUUAAACUCUAUUUAGUCGUUGGUUUUUCUGGCUGAUUCAGGCAACCCAUCCAUUCUCUAAUCUCUGUUAGCACAAGGGAAGAAGAAGCACUUGUACAAAUUCGUUCUAUGGAAUAAGAAACAAGGUUAGGCUUAGAGAUCAACUAAAAAAGAGGCGAAAGCAUAUCCUAAUUCGUUGACUCUGAGCCGACCAAUACAAAUAACAAAGAAAUUCAACGUAAUAUAAUCAUAACAUUUUUGCGAUCAAUAUUUAGAAUGGGUUGUAUCUAGUUUAUAUAUUUACUGGAGAGGGAAAAAAAAAACAAUGUAUAAAGUCAAAAUACUUUACUGCUCGCUAAAGCAGCCAUCUUGGUGACAUCACUAGAUAAUCCCACAGAAAACAAAAAUCUAUAGCAGAUUCACGCACUGGAAAAUACUCUCUAUUCGAAUUUUUCCCCCAUCUGCUUCUCUUUGUCAAUAAAAAUGUUGAGAAUUCGAUAAAUAUUCAUGAUAAAAAAAUAUUAAAUCUAAUGUCUCCCUUUACAACUAAAUAAAAAAUAAAAUCGGAAGACUUGGCAAAUGCUUUAAGGCGUUGUCAAAUUAUAUCGACUACUUUUAACCCUUAAAACGCGUGUGGUAUUUAUUUAUUGCAAUUCCAUUUUGUACGCACUCAUUUUAAAACAGCUCAGCACUUUAAGGGUUAAAGCAAAAUAUUGGUGAAACAGUUUCAAAUUGUGCUUAUUAAUAAGAACUAUUGUGUGCAUCUCUGAAAACGUUUAAUCCGACUGUGUCUCGGUGUAAUCAUAUCUGGCUAAGCUGUGAUGUUCAAAUACUUUAUUUGUUGCUGGGUAGAGGUCUGCAUGUAGAGCAGUGUGUCCAUGAUAUCAAGAUACAGUAAAUUUUGCUUUUGUUUGUCCGAAAUCAGCUAGCGAAUGGAUGAAUCAAGCGAUCCCCAAAAUACUCCUGAUGCUGAUCCCGAACCCACAUCCCCCAAAGAAGAGAACAAAGACCUCGCUAAGAGCAUCGAGAAACAAAUCACUAAGAACCUCGCAAGAUCCAACACCUUCAGACCCCAGCCCAUCAACAACAUCAAUGUGAACAUUCAGACUCACGCCCCUCACAUCUCCACAGAGGGCGACCAGAGCGCCAAAGGGCUUCUCAUGCCCCUGGCACAGCUGCAGUUCCCCAACUACAACAGCGCCGCUCCACAGGCGCCCCCCAAGCAGGAAGAGGCGCCAAUGUCCCCCACGGCGACGACGACGAACGUCAUUAUAAACCAGCCGAUGCAGGCGUCGCCCCAGCCACCACGCCCUUGGAGAACGGGCCUGUGCUCAAUAUGCGAUGAUUGCCAUAUCUGCUGUUGCUCAACCUUCUGUUUCAUUUGCUAUGCUUGCUCUAUUUCUGUCGACAUGGAUGAGUCGUGUUGUGUCCCUUGUUGCAUACCAGGCCCGGCAUCUUUAAUCGCAUUGAGGACUAAAAUAAGAACCCAGGAGAACAUUCAAGGAAGCAUCAUGAGGGACUGUUGUGCCGCCUUCUGGUGUCCAUCUUGUGCUUUGUGCCAACUGGCCAGGGAGGUGAAGUACGUCAACUUGACCAAGACAGAAUAAAAAAAACUGUUACGUCAACACCAGAACCGACUUUGGGUUGAGACCUAGAUUUCCAACAAGGAAAAAAACAACAAUUUUUGUUUAAAGCUCUAUAUCUUUUGAAAUGUUAAUAUUUAUUUACCAGUCUUAACAUUUAUUUGAUUUUUGUUAAGACAUCAGUUCAGGGCUAGUAUGUUCAACAGUCAGACGCUUUCUUCUUUGUAGACACUGGCCACCAUAUGUUUAAGAUGUUUUUUUUUUUCAUUUUUUUUCAGUGAAAAGUUUAAUUACUGGAAUAAUUUUUAGUUUCUUUGUUUCCUUUUAAAACCAUUCCUUGCUUCAUUAAAAAUCUAUAUAGUUUUAGGCUUAGUUCAAUGAUUAUCUUUAGAACUGAGUAGUGUUGUAGCUAUUUAUUUCAUGGCUUAGCUAGUACACACUUUUAGAUCAAUUUAAAAACAGCAACAACAUUUUAACAUCAAUUUGAGUACAAUGUAGACCAUAUGCUCAACUCACGUCGUAUACGACGCCGUUCAACAGUUUACUGCGAAAGAUCUGUUCUUUAGGCUUACAUGUAUAAGCCAAUAGUUCAAAUCUGAUACGAAUCGGACACUAUUUUAUUUUUUAAUUUUGAAUAGACCAAUAGAUACACAUUAAACUAUCUCGAACGUAGAUGACGGGGAUCAAAGCUUCCGGAAAGUACCGAAACGUUAUUAGGUAUGCGCAGUUACGCAGUAACAAAACCAAUAUACAGAUUAGAAAUGGAUUUGGCUCUUGUAGACAAACGUAGAGUAUACGAUCAUGACUCAUUUAUUCAGUUCUACUAUAUUUAUCUAUUUUAUUCACUUCACUUUUCAAAUAGUCACUGCUAUAAGGUGUGUUAAUUUGCGCCUAUGUAAGGUCUUUAGGAUUAAAUCUUGUUCAUUUUAUCCUUUUUAUUUAAUUUUAACUUUAUUUAUUAUUUUUUUAUUUUUCUUUUUUUUUUUGGUAAUUGGACUGAUACGUGUAGAAAUCUUACAACUAUCUAAUGAUGCGUAAACCAUUAAUAACGCGAUUAAUUGAUCCAAUAUUUCUUGUUUUAAAUUAACAUUGACAGUGUUUUCUUGUGAGCCAAGAAUGCUUAGCGGCAACAAAUCUGUCCAACACUUCAGUUACCUAACGCAAUUCAAAACAGACUAAACUAACGAGCCCACACAAUACAACGUAUCAUAAGAUUUUAUACAAGUCUUCUUGAGUCUAUUAGAAACUUUAUCUUGAUCCCCCAGCUGCUAGCACAUUCCUAAUCCCAUAUGCUAGGAUAAAUUCCUAAAAGUGCUUCUUCUUCCCUAGUGCCAUUACAGCAUUGAAUGGGUUGCCUCCUGAUUCAGCCAGGAAAACCAACGACUUAGCAUAGUUGAAGUACGGAAGACUAGAUUGGCACAUGAAAGCGCGUUGGGCGUAAUUAUCUUCUGUUUGAAGUAACGUCUGUAAUUUAUAAGAUAGUAAAAUCACGGCUGUAGUGAUAAAGGUUAACCCUUAACAUUUAAGUGUAGCAAACACGCUGGCAAUGAAUAAUCGUUUGAACAGCCUGGUCAUAUUAGCAAACCUUUAAGUGUUAAAACUAUCUUCCGAGAACUAGAUCUAGUGCAAAGUUAAUGCUGGAUUCAAAAUGAAAUAAAUAACUAGAUAUAAAAAGAGAAACGAACUCUUCUUGCUUUAAAAACUAUAUAAAUUUUAUCGUCCAUCAUGAACACUAUUUCCAUGUAGCUAUUGUAGGCUCUACCAGAUUUAUUUGUCUUUUUCAUUCCUUUAGUAGACCAGUGUUUCCCAAACUGCGCUUCGCGGAACCGUAGUGUUCCGUGAGGCCUGAAAAGGGGUUCCACAAACUAUUAGACCACGCCCAUCUUUUUCAAAUUUAGAAUAUAUUUCAUACGAUGUUUCAACAGCCGUGGGCCAGUUUUUUUUUUCUAUAAUCGUGAAGGUUAAAGUUCAUGCAGUGUUCAAAUUCUAAAGUACUUACAAAUAUACUUACUGUGAUUUUUAACGAAACAAAAUUCUGUAAAUUAAUGAUGUAAAUUAACGGUGUAAAUAAAAUAAAUUCAUUUUAACGUUA